AUUGGGGUGAUAAUAGAAAACUAGUUUGUUCGUUGACCGCGAUGGGUGUAUUGAAAAUAGCUUUCGUUUUGAGUGUGGGUCUAGUUGCCGUUUUGGCCAACAAGCACCAGGCGAAGGAGCAGGAUGCCAAGUACAAUUGGUGGCAGCACGAGGUGUUCUACCAGAUCUAUCCGAGAUCCUUUCAGGACAGUAACGGUGAUGGAAUUGGCGAUCUUCAGGGUAUCACAUCCAGAUUGCAGUAUUUCAAGGAUACGGGCAUCACUGCCGUAUGGCUGAGUCCCAUCUACGAGUCGCCCAUGGUGGACUUUGGAUACGAUAUAUCGAACUAUACGAAUAUUCAGCCGGAAUACGGCACCCUUGAGGACUUUGACGCCCUGAUAGCCAGGGCCAAUGAGCUGGGCGUGAAGGUCAUUCUGGACUUUGUGCCCAAUCACAGCUCUAACAAGCAUCCCUGGUUCAUCAAGUCGGUGGCUAGAGAGCCGGGUUUCGAGGAUUUCUAUGUGUGGGAGGAUGGAGUGCUCCUGGAGAAUGGAACUCGUGUGCCGCCCAACAACUGGCUGUCCGUCUUCUCCGGAUCCGCCUGGAUGUGGAACGAGGAAAGGCAGCAGUUUUACCUAAGGCAAUUCACCUACGGACAACCUGAUCUUAACUACCGAAAUCCUGCUGUAAUUCAAGCCAUGGACGAUGUGAUGCUCUUCUGGUUAAACAAGGGAAUUGCCGGUUUUCGCAUCGAUGCCAUUAUUUACAUUUACGAGGAUGCCCAACUGAGGGACGAGCCUCUUAGUGGAACAACCGAUGAUGCGACCAAUGAGGCUUAUUUGGAACACAUCUAUACCAGAAAUCAACCCGAGGACUACGGUCUUCUCCAGCAUUGGCGGGAGCUCCUGGAUAAUUACACAGCCAGCCAUGAGGGACCGCUGAGGAUAAUGAUGACCGAGGGCUAUGCCUCAGUGUCCCAACUGAUGGAGUACUACGAGGACGCGAAUGGAGUCCAGGGUCCCGAGUUUCCCUUCAACUUUGACUUCAUCACCGAACUGAAUGCCAAUUCGACAGCUGCGGACUUUGUCUUCUACAUCUCCAGGUGGCUCAUCUAUAUGCCACAUGGUCAUGUGGCCAACUGGGUGAUGGGCAAUCACGAUAAUCCCCGAGUGGCCUCGCGAUUCGGUGAGCAGGCUGUGGAUGCUAUGAACAUGCUGCUGAUGACACUGCCAGGAAUUGCUAUAACCUACAAUGGUGAAGAAUUGGGUAUGACGGACUACAGAGACAUCAGUUGGGCCGAUACUGUGGAUCAGCCAGCCUGCAAUGCUGGAAUCGAUAACUACAAGUGGGUCUCUCGAGAUCCCGAGCGUACGCCCAUGCAAUGGAAUAGUGAUCUCAAUGCGGGAUUCUCCACAGCGAAUUCAACUUGGCUUCCCGUGAAUCCCAACUAUAGGGAGCUCAAUCUUCGCAAUCAGCAGCAGGCAAGGCGAAGUCACUACAAGAUCUAUCAGACGCUUCUGAAGCUCAGACAGUUGCCCGUUCUGAAGAACGGAUCCUUUGUCCCGGAAGUGGUGAAUCGCAGGGUUUUCGCUUUCAAGCGAGAGCUCAAGGGCGAGUACACUCUGCUGACCAUCGUGAACGUUAAGAAUCGCACAGAAGUAGUGGAUAUCGGGGACUUUAUAGAUCAACCCAAUCGCUUGGCGGCCCUUGUGGUGGGAGUGGACUCGCAACACCGGGUGGGUGAUCGACUCAAGGCCGAGGCCAUCGAAUUGGCCCCCUACGAGGGAUUAGUUAUUCAGCUGAACAAGCGAAAGUAACCUUACACUACACACUACUUGGUAUUCAACAUUAAAGUACGAGAAAACUUUCCAUUAGCCACACA